AUGGCUCGGAGACGCGGUAGUCGUGAUAGAUCCGGCGACCCGGCUCUCGAUAUCAACAUUGCCGAGCCCGCUGUCUUCAUCCCAACCUACACCCAUAACCCGGCCGUCCUGAGAGGCUCCUGCACUCUGGUAUUGAAAGAGAGCUAUGCACUGAAGAAACUCACGGUGAACUUCCGCGGCGUAUCCCAUGUUCUGUGGCCACACGGCUUUCGCGACAAAAGGACCGUUACAAAUUGCAACUUCACUGUAUAUGAUCCCAAGGACUCCGACACGGGAGAGAGUCAAUGUACCAGCUGUGGUUCCCCCGAACCGAUGGACCCCGGGGUAAACCGUCCGCCCCGAAAACGAAGCAAGCUAUGGCAUGCAAUCACGAAUCGCUGCCCACCAGGCCCUAAAGAUUCUGCUGGAUCGGAACGUCGGCUGUUAUCUCCCGGUACUUACACGUAUAAUUUCGAGAUGAUCCUACCCUCUCACUUACCCGAAUCCAUCAAUGUUCGACGAAGCCAUGUGCAGUACAAUGUCCGCGCGUGCAUCGAGAGUCCCGGCAUGUGGAGUCGAAAGAUCACUCAAAAUAAAUCCAUCACCGCCGUUCAUUGUCCCGCAGAGGACUUCGUCGACGAUGCUGAGCCAGUCUAUGUCGCCCGGACCUGGCGAAAGCUCAUCCGGUGCGAAAUUAUCGUCUCCAGAAGAGGUGCAGCGCUGGGCCGCCACCUCCCUGUCGCAUUCGCGUUUUCCGAGCUGGCUAUGGCUAAAGUACGCGGCGUGCACAUCUAUCUGCUGGAAAACGUCCAAUACCUCCAGCGGAACGGCGUCGUAUCCUGCUGCGGCCCCUUUAAGAGGCUGCGCCUGUAUGAGACGAAGGAUGACUCGAUCCUGUCGGUAUUAGAUUCGCGGCGCAGCUCUGCCGAUGACGGUCGUCCGUCGGACGAGGAACGAGAUGAUUCCUCGGGGAAGGAGAAGCCAGACCAUGACCGGAUGGCGAAACCAACAGACAUGGACGGUACCACGAUCGAGGUGGAAUUGCCGCUUCCUGUCUGUCAGAUCCAUUCGACGGAUGCCGAUGGAGUCCAGAAGAACAGCAUGCAUUUCGACACGCGGUACAAGAAUGUGCAGGUGAACCACUGGCUGGAGUUUGUGUUCUUCGUGGCGAAGAAUGGCUUUUGUGACCCUGACGCUCCAAUCGUGCAAAAAUCCACCAAGAUCCCCUUCCUACUUCGCUCAUGUUAUGCUCACCAGGCCAAUGCGUCUCUCCCGGCGUAUACCCAAAGCCAGAGUGGAAAGCAGUCCUGCACAGAUUCCGUUGUUGAAUAUGUCGAAUAA